ACAUUCGGGAAAAACGCUCCAGAUUUUGCUAUUCGCGGAAAUAAACGCACCUUAAACAGUGGAACUAAUUUGGUUAAGCCGGUGGAAUUAACGACGAAGAAGGUAUCCUCGGCGAGCGCGUGUGUGGUCACUUGACGCGUGCCCCCGCGAGUUCAGGCGUAUAGAGUUACGCCGCCGUUUUCCGAGGAAUGUGAAGCGAUUAACAACUCAAUUUCUCGGUAUAUUCACGACGGGUCAAUAGCUCAAGCUCGAAAAUAUGAACAACAUCAAUGUGGUGUUCAACGUGUCCAAAAAUGAGCUCUUCAAGUUGCCGGACAACUACAAGACGCUGCAUCGGAAGUUAAAAGUCAAUUGUCGCGUUGAGAGCAAUAAAAAUGAUAUAACGCCAGAAAUUCUAAAAGGGGCUACCGUUUUUGUCCUUGCUGGACCACAGGAGAAAUUCACCGAAACGGAGUUUCAAUAUCUAAAGGACUACAUAGCUGAGGGAGGUCGCCUGUUGCUUCUGCUCGGUGAGGGCGGCGAAGUUCAGUUUAACACCAAUGUGAACUUCCUUCUCGAAGAGUAUGGCAUGACAAUCAACAAUGAUGCCGUAGUUCGUCCCCAGUACUACAAGUACUUCCACCCAAAGGAAGCACUCAUCAGCGGUGGUAUUGCUAGCGAUAGUCUCAACAAUAAUCUUAUGGAGUUCAGCAAAAGUAUCCUGACUGCGUUUGACUUCAUGGACGACAAGUACAAAGUGGAGUUCGUCUACCCGUUCGGUGCUACCAUGAACGUGAUCCAACCCUCGAACGUGCUGAUGACCACCGGACCCGUAGUGUACCCCUUCAACCGACCCUUGGCCGGCUACUACCAGAACGAAUUCAACGGUAAGCUAGUGGCCAUCGGUUCCGGUCACAUGUUCCAAGAUAAGUACAUCUCCAACGAGAUCAACAUGGCCAUUUGGGACAGCAUCUUUGCGAUGAUACUCGAGGACAACUUAAAGUUCAAGUCGUCCGACUUCAAUGACCUGGAGAUUAAUGACUACGCAAUCAUCCCCGAUACGAUCUUCAUGGCGGAGCAGCCCAAGAUCUGCCUGAUGGAUUCGCUCGACUACGAAAUCCCCCCCGAUUUCAAGCGGCUAUUCGAUACGGCCCUGUACUCGAUCAACAACGAUCUGCUGCGCGAUGUUAUCAAUACGUACGCGAAGCUGGACGUGCAGUAUGAACAGCUCAAGAUCAUCAAGCCGCAGUUCGAGAUCCCGUUGCCGCCGCUGCAGCUUGCGGUUUUCCAGCCGAUCUUCAGCGAUCUGGCGGCGCCGCCACUGGAAUUGUUCGACUUGGACGAGGCGUUCAGCUCGGAAAAGGCCCAAAUUACGCAGCUCACCAACAAGUGUCUGUCGCCGGCGCUGGAAAACUACCGGAAGGAGGGCGUCGACGAGAAGGAGCUCGGGUACUUUGUGCAGGAGUGUGGCCGGAUUUUGAAGGUGUGCCAGGACGAUCAGCGCAUGUCGGCGAAGGAGAUCCUGAACGUGAUCAGUGUCAAGAUUGCGCAUUACAAGAAAUUGGAUAAGGAAUAAAAUUUAUUAAUU